CAUCUCAUGACAACCACUCAAUUCUCUAAAAAAAACUCUCUGUCGCCAGAGACUCAACGUCCUUCGGCAUCCGAGUCAACAAAUAUCAAUGACUCAUUUGUCAAACCCCAGUCGCUCUUGACAACUUUUACGGCUGGUCCUCAGUCUCCUUUGGAUAUCGAAGAAGUUCUUUUUGUGAUUGUAUCCUAUCUUGAUAAACAAUCACUUCAUAAUUGCAUCUUAGUCUCAAGGAUAUUUUACCGUGCUAGUGUCCGUAUGCUCUGGACCUCAGUCCAAUGGAGGAAUUAUACUUGGACAGACUCUUUUAUUUCGGAGUUUGAGCGAUACGGACACCUUACGAUCGAGUUGCACGAGAGCUACAACGCGGACCUCGACAAAAUUGCGUGUUACUGUACCAACCUACGAGAAUUGCGCCUAAACUGGACACAAGCGACAGAUGAAAAAUUGGCGAGUAUCCUCAAGAGUUCUCCCAAGAUUUCACGCUUAUUUCUCUACAGCUGCAGGACUCUCACAACUCGAUCGCUCGCACAUAUCGCUGCUCUCACAGAGCUCAGACGACUUGAACUCAAGAACAUGGUUAAUAUUGACAAAGCGUCGCUUGCAACAAUAUUCCGAUCUUGUCCUUUGCUUGAACAUUUGACAUUGGAGGAUGUUCGCCUCGAUGGAAUUGCUCUAGACAGCUUAGGAUCUACAUUAUUACAGAUUACAUCCAUAGCUUUGACUCGUUCUUCACCAACUGGCAACCUUGUAAGAAGCCUUUUACGCAAUGCACCUCUGAUCAAAGAUCUCUCACUAGCGAGGAAUGUACAUUCAGUACUAUCAAAAGAAGACUUGCUGCCAAUCGUGGAUACGUACGAGCACCUAUCUCGUCUUAAUCUCGAAUCUUGCAAGGGAAUCAGUAGUGAGAGCCUUGUUGCUCUUAUCCACACUUGUCCAGGGCUCGAACGAGUCAAUUUAAGUGGGACCAACAUUAAUGAUACGGGUUUAGAGGCAUUGGCGACGCAUUGCCCAAAAGUGACCAGUCUGAACUUGGCCUGGUGCUCUCUAUUCACAGACCGAGCUCUCCAGCGAUUACUAAGCACAUGUCCUAGACUGAUCUUUUUGGAUAUUUCAACAAUAGAUAUCAUCUCAGCCGGUAUUUUCUCACCUGAGCUGCCAUGGGUAUGCACACAGCUGGAAACGUUGAUCAUGAUUGGUAUCAAUAUGACUCGCCCAAAUUUGUCCGUCCAGACAAAUCAUACAAUGAUGUUCAGCCAGUUGAGUCGGCUAGCGGCGCUGCAGGAUCUUGCCAUAGGUGGUGCUAGCUUGAUUCUGCAGCUAGAAGCUGGUCUGCCUCAGAUGGCAAAAUUGAGUAACCUGGAAUCAUUCCGAAUCAAACAUCUUCAGACAGAGCUAGGCGAAGAUGAAAUUCGAUGGCUGAUUGACGCAUGGCCCAAGUUGAAGCGAGCACGGUUUGAGUCUGGGUCGUUACCUACACCAUGGUACCGCUACUUUCGACAACAGAGGCCUCAACUAGUCCUCGGAUAAGAUUUUAUAAUUUUGAUAUUGUGACGUGGCAUGCUCGCGCUGGAAUCGUG